GAUAAUUGCCUACAAAUUAACAAUUCACUUUAUUCAUAAAAUUAACGCGGCUGUCUGAGAAAAGUUAUUAAUUUAGUAAGAUAAAUAUCAAAAAUAUUGCGAAAAUUAUUUAAAUAUGUCUGCAGUUCCUGAAGGGCCAGGAACGAAUGAAAAUUCUAAUGAUUCUGCUUCUGAAGAAACAUCAGAAUCUGGUGGAAAACGGGAACAUGAAUUUGAUGACAAAAUUGAAAUGGAUAGAGGAAAGAGAUUUGAUUUUCUUUUAAAACAGACAGAGAUUUUUUCCCACUUCAUGAGUGGAGCGAAACCCGGUGGAGGGAAAAAAGGUGCUGUUGGAAGACCGAAAAAAAAAGAUAAAGAAUUUUCAAAAGAAGAUAAUCCAGCCGAUCACCGUCACCGGAAAACCGAACAAGAAGAAGAUGAAGAACUUUUGGCUGAAGAAUUUGCCGAGAAAGCAUUAUUCCGAUUCGAACAGUCACCUGCAUACAUUAAAGGUGGUGAAAUGAGGGAUUACCAAAUUAGAGGUCUGAACUGGAUGAUAUCGUUGUACGAGAAUGGGAUUAAUGGCAUUUUAGCAGAUGAAAUGGGUUUGGGAAAAACUUUACAAACUAUAUCAUUACUGGGUUACUUAAAACAUUUCAAAAAUUUUGCUGGGCCACAUUUGGUAGUUGUUCCAAAAUCAACAUUACAAAAUUGGAUAAAUGAAUUUGCUAAAUGGUGUCCAUCCUUACGAGCCGUUUGUUUAAUUGGCGACGCUGAUACGCGAAACACUUUUAUUCGUGAUGUUUUAAUGCCUGGAGAGUGGGAUGUAUGUGUUACUUCGUACGAAAUGUGCAUUCGGGAAAAAUCAGUAUUUAAAAAAUUUAAUUGGCGGUACAUGGUAAUAGAUGAGGCCCAUCGUAUUAAAAAUGAAAAAUCUAAACUUUCUGAAAUUUUGCGUGAAUUCAAAAGUACUAACCGAUUAUUGAUUACUGGUACACCACUACAAAACAAUCUUCAUGAGUUGUGGUCCUUAUUGAAUUUCUUACUCCCGGACGUUUUUAAUAGUUCCGAAGAUUUUGAUGCUUGGUUCAAUACAAAUUCAUGUCUAGGAGAUAAUCAAUUGAUCCAACGUCUACAUGCAGUUUUACAGCCCUUUUUGUUACGGCGAUUAAAAUCAGAAGUUGAAAAGUCUUUAAAACCUAAGAAAGAAAUAAAAAUUUUUAUUGGAUUGACAAAAAUGCAGCGUGAAUGGUACACAAAAAUCUUACUUAAAGAUAUUGAUGUUGUAAAUGGAGCUGGAAAAAUGGAAAAAAUGCGUUUGCAAAACAUUUUAAUGCAAUUAAGAAAGUGUACAAACCAUCCAUAUUUAUUCGAUGGGGCUGAACCUGGCCCACCAUACACUACUGACGAGCAUUUAGUACAAAAUGGUGGUAAAAUGGUUUUGUUAGAUAAGCUAUUGCCAAAAUUAAAAGAACAGGGUUCGAGAGUUUUAAUUUUUUGUCAAAUGACUCGUAUGUUGGACAUCUUGGAGGAUUAUUGUUGUUGGAGACAAUAUCAGUAUUGUAGAUUAGAUGGCAAGACUGCACAUGAAGAUAGAAAUAGACAAAUCCAGGAAUAUAACUCGGAAAAUAGUGUAAAAUUUAUAUUCAUGUUAUCAACACGCGCUGGUGGUUUGGGUAUUAAUUUGUAUACUGCUGACGUUGUUAUCCUGUAUGAUUCAGAUUGGAACCCCCAAAUGGAUUUACAAGCCAUGGAUCGCGCACAUCGCAUUGGUCAAAAGAAACAAGUGCGAGUAUUUCGUUUAAUUACAGAAAACACUGUCGAAGAAAAAAUUGUGGAACGUGCUGAAAUCAAAUUACGUUUGGACAAACUUGUAAUUCAGCAAGGCCGUCUGGUUGAUAAUAGAAAUCAGUUAAAUAAAGACGAAAUGUUAAAUAUUAUUCGUUUUGGCGCUAAUCAUGUAUUUGCUUCUAAGGAAUCAGAAAUAACAGAUGAGGAUAUUGACACGAUUUUGGAAAGGGGUGAACAAAAAACGGCACAAUUAAAUUCAAAGCUAGAUGAAUUAGGAGAAAGUUCAUUGAGGACUUUCACCUUAGAUAAUAAUGGUGAAGGAAAUACAUCUUUGUAUCAAUUUGAAGGGGAAGAUUAUAGAGAAAAACAUAAACUUAAUGCUAUUGGAAACUGGAUUGAGCCCCCAAAGCGAGAACGCAAAGCAAAUUAUGCUGUUGAUGCUUAUUUCCGUGAAGCUUUGAGAGUAUCUGAGCCUAAAGCUCCUAAAGCGCCUCGACCACCAAAACAACCAAUCGUCCAAGAUUUUCAAUUUUUCCCACCGCGUCUCUUUGAGUUAUUGGAUCAAGAGAUUUACUUUUACCGAAAAUCUUUGGGAUAUCGUGUACCCAAAAAUCCAGAACUGGGUUCUGAGGCUGCUAAAACUCAACGUGAAGAACAAAAAAAAAUUGAUGAUGCAGAACAAUUGAAUGAAGAAGAAAUAAGUGAAAAAGAAUCUCUUUUAACGCAGGGUUUCACUAAUUGGACAAAACGCGAUUUUAAUCAAUUUAUAAAAGCAAACGAAAAAUAUGGCCGCGAUGAUAUUGACAAUAUAGCUAAAGACGUAGAAGGAAAAACUCCAGAGGAAGUGAUUGAAUAUUCACAAGUAUUUUGGGAACGUUGCCAUGAAUUACAAGACAUUGAACGUAUAAUGGCACAAAUUGAAAGAGGAGAGGCUAAAAUACAGAGACGACAAUCUAUUAAAAAAGCUCUGGAUCAAAAGAUGAGUAGAUACCGUGCACCAUUCCAUCAACUGAGAUUGCAAUAUGGUAAUAAUAAAGGUAAAAAUUACUCGGAAGUUGAAGACCGAUUUUUGGUGUGUAUGUUACAUAAAUUGGGCUUCGAUAAGGAAAAUGUGUAUGAAGAAUUGAAAGCCUGUAUACGUGCUUCUCCACAAUUUCGUUUCGAUUGGUUUCUUAAAUCUCGCACUGCUGUUGAAUUACAACGUAGAUGUAAUACACUUAUAACACUUAUUGAACGAGAAAAUCAAGAAUUGGAAGAGAAAGAGCGCCAAGAGAAAAAGAAGAAGUCAACAAAAGGAGCUGGAGGAACACCGUUACAAGCUACUGGACAAAAUAACAAGAGUCAAAAAAGAAAAUCUGAAGUAUUAGUCAACGACAAAAAUAAAAAGAAAAGAAAAUAAACUAAAUUUAACUGCUACGAGAUAAUGUGAAAUUUACCCUAAGUUCAUUUUAAGUAAAAUUUUUAUUUAAGAAAUUUUUUUUGCUGAAAUUUAAUGCAAAUAUUCCAACAUUAAAAAAAAUAAAUUAAAAAAAUAUAAUAGC